AUUGUAACCGGAAUACUACUACUAAGUACAUGUCUUCAGUUUUCUCAAUUAUAAUUAACUACGUAGGCUAUGUUGUUAACAAUUGACCUAUUUUUUAAGGUUAAGAGGGUGCAUGGUAGCACUACCUAUCAGAUGUUAUAUUUUUUGGUUGGCAUAGUGAUACUGUCAAUAUCCAUGAAUAAUGUCGUGUUUCUCUAGACAGUCAACAAAUAUAGUACAGUAGAUAGUAAUGUAGAUUCAGAGAUGAUUUGAUUGCAAUGAAAAAUUGAUAGCAUUACAACUAGGCUAUUAUUUCUUAUUAUGUUUGAUUUCAGUCACUUGCUUGGAGCAUUUAUCAGCCUAUUCAUUGACUUAUUAAUUUUAGUACUCAUCAAAAUUGUUGAAGAUAAUGAUAUUAAUCCAGUUUGUUGUUUUACAGGAGAGCAGAGGAAAAAGAAUGCUGGAAAUGGCUUUCAAUUUUGACAUCAAUGUAAUGGAGACGGAUGAUGAUUUACUACUGAUAGCAGCAGAAGAGACAGUGACAGCACUUCAAAGCAUUAAUGACCAAGGUGCUCAGACUUUCCCUGACAAUGGAGAAGAUUUUAGCAUGUUGUCUGACAACUAUAAUCUCAAAGGUGAUGUGAGUGAAGAAAAUACCAUCCAUCAACAUCCAGAUCAUGAAACCGUUCCUGAUACCAAUCAAGAUGCAGAUACUUUCCCAGAAAUUGCAGAAGAUAUUCCCAUGACAUCUGACAACUACAGUCUCAAUGCUGUUGUAAGUGAAGAAAAUACCAUCCAUCAACAUCCAGAUCAUGAAACCGUUCCUGAUACCAAUCAAGAUGCAGAUACUUUCCCAGAAAUUGCAGAAGAUAUUCCCAUGACAUCUGACAACUACAGUCUCAAUGCUGUUGUAAGUGAAGAAAAUAUCAUCCAUCAACAUCCAGAUCAUGAAACCGUUCCUGAUACUAAUCAAGAUGCAGAUACUUUCCAGAAAUUGCAGAAGAUAUUUUCAUGACAUCUGACAACUACAGUCUCAAUGCUGUUGUAAGUGAAGAAAAUAUCAUCCAUCAACAUCCAGAUCAUGAAACCGUUCCUGAUACUAAUCAAGAUGCAGAUACUUUCCCAGAAAUUGCAGAAGAUAUUCUCAUGACAUCAGACAACUACAGUCUCAAUGCUGUUGUAAGUGAAGAAAAUAUCAUCCAUCAACAUCCAGAUCAUGAAACCGUUCCUGAUAACAAUCAAGAAGAGAACUCAGAAGAUGAAGAUAGCCCAUUGGAGGAGGGUGUGAGACCUCAAGUUCGUAAAAAGCAUAGUCAAGUUA